GCCGUGCACGCGCCGCGAGCAGCUCAGAGGCGGCCGUGAGACGUCUUGCGUUUCUUUUCACGCCCUUUUUUAAAAAAAAUUAUUUUAUAUUUGCAGGUAGAGCGGGGCUGUUAGUCCUCGGAGGGGAGCCUGGGUUACGGGGGCUUGCUUCUGUAUAUGGACAUUGGCAGUGUGGGGGCGGUGGCUGUGACAGCUGUGACCAGCGCGUGUUCACCUGGGGCCCCUAAUAAUCGCGCUGUGGGAGCCCUCCUCUCCUGCAUACUGUGCUGGGUUUCUUCAUUGCUACAUGUCUUGUGUGCAGAGUGCAGAAAAAGUGCAAACCCAACUUGCUGACUAGUUAGGUGGGAUCUGAGCCCCCUCCUCACCGUAUUCCCCCAUUGCCUCUCUGCAUGUAUUUGCCUAGCUAUAGGUCCCAGCAUAGCUCAGUCUACGCCCCAUACGCCCACCCCUGAGAAUGGCCUCAAAAGUGCACAAGCAGCUAAUGGUCAAGUCCAACUGUGACCGCAAGGAAGAUGGAGGUGGUGAGCGCCACAAUCCCACGCCGCUGGCCUCGAGACCCCUGGAAGGAAGCAGUAACAAGGAGAACGACCUGCAGGGAUCUCCUGGGCAGCCUUCAGAAGGCGGCACAAGUCUCCGACCUAAACCCAGUGAGGCCCCGGUGCCAACCUCUAAUCCCUGGACCAAAAAGGCUAACGUGGCCCCUGCAAACAGCACCCUCGCGUUUGUUGGGCGUGAACAUGCGGGUUUGCAGUGUUCACCAAAAAUUGUACGAGCUGGAAAACCUGUUUCUAAGAAGGCUAGUGACUUCAGUGAUAUCACAAACUGGCCAACACCCAGUGAAACUGCCAGCCAUGGGUGUGAACACUUGGCCUCAAACCAGCAAAACAUAUUGGCUAAAAAGACUGAGGCCAAAGAUAACAAAAACAGCAUGGAAAAUUGUGAUGUGGACGUCCAAACUGCUGCUACUAGGAAAAAAGUUUUCAAACAAAAAUGGGUACCGCUAUGCUUGGAGGAAGAAUCAGAAAAUCAGAGCUCUCACUUGGAGUCACCAAUUCAACCUGAAUCGAGUAAAAAGCCAAAACGAGGACAUUAUAAUAACGGUUGGCAACAAGAAACAAAAAGUGACCAGGAGGAAGUCCUGAGCACCAAAAGUGAAACCAGCAUUAUAAGAGAGAGCUUUAGAGGCAGAGGAAGAGGACGAGGCAGGGGUCACUAUGGCAUCCGCAGCUUCAGCACAGGUACUAAGCCUUUUCAAGCUGAGCGUUCUGAAAAUAUUACCAGUAUGGUGUAUUAUUACGAUGAUGGCUCUGGUGUCCACGUACAUAAAGUGGAUGAAAAGUUGCUGAAGGAGUAUCUUAAACGUCAGAUUGAGUACUACUUCAGUUUGGAGAACCUGGAAAGAGACUUCUUUCUCAGAAGAAAGAUGGAUUCACAGGGAUUUUUGCCGCUUUCUUUGAUUGCAGGUUUCCAUCGAGUACAGUCCUUGAGUACAGAUCUCAGCCUUAUUUGUGAGGCUUUAAAAAACAGCACAGAAGUGGAAAUAGUAGACCAGAAAAUAAGGAAAAAAGUGGAUCCAGAAAAAUGGCCAAUUCCUGCUGCUCCAGCUCAAGAACUUAAGCACACAGACUUUUCUAGGUUCAUCAAUUGUCCCGAAUUUAUACCUGGAAAGCUGCAGGUGUAUCGCACAGGAUCUGCUCCUAAUUCUCCAAGAAAGGGAAGUCCUCUAUUUCAGAAUACAGUUAACGAACCAAGCAAUUUACAAACCAUCCCGAAAGGUUUGUCUGCAAGUUUACCAGAGUUAGAUUCUGAGCCAUGGAUUGAGGUGAAAAGGAGGCAUAGAGCAUCUCCAGUAAAACCAAAGGUAGAAUGUUCUCAAGUGACACCCAAACCCCAAGCAACUGAAGAAGUUGAGCAAGAAGAACUUGACUUCAUGUUUGACGAGGAGAUGGAGCCUUUACAGGGUCGCAAAAACAACUUCACAGAUUGGUCUGAUGAUGAUUCGGAUUAUGAAAUUGAUGAUAAAGAUGUUAAUAAAAUCCUUAUUGUAACACAGACCCCUCCUUCUAUGAAAAAACAUCCAGGAGGAGAUCGCACUGGAAAUCAUGUGUCUAGAGCCAAAAUGACCUCAGAACUAGCGAAGGUUAUAAACGAUGGUCUUUAUUAUUACGAGCAGGACUUAUGGACUGUAGAUGAUGAUCACCUAGUAACAAAGCAGGACAUAGAACAUUUCAAGAAACUGAAUUUCAUCAGUAAAGAAGAAUUUGACAGUCUUGCACCAGAAACACUGACUGGUCCAGAGGUUGAGCAAUCCCCACCAAAUAUUCCUGCUUUUCCUGAAGUUGUUCCAGAAUCACCAGUGUCCCACCCUUCCAGAACACCCAAGACCCCACGUACACCACGUCUUCUAGAUCCUACUAAAACCCCAAGGUUUUACCCUGUUGUGAAAGAAGCCAAAUCGAUUGAUGUCCAGACUCCAAGAAAGAGGAAGACCCGGCACAGUUCAAAUCCACCUGUUGAAUUUCAUGUUGGUUGGGUAAUGGAUUCGAUGGAACACAGACCAAGAACAUCUUCUGUCAGCAGUUCCAAUGCUUCUCCAUCAGAUGGGACUCUGCUUGUAGGAAGUUAUGGUUGCACCCCUCACUCUCUCCCCAAGUUCCAGCACCCUUCUCAUGAACUGUUGAAAGAAAAUGGAUAUACACAGCAGGUGUACCAUAAGUAUCGGCGGAGGUGCUUAAAUGAAAAAAAAAGGCUGGGCAUCGGUCAGUCACCAGAGAUGAACACACUAUUCCGUUUCUGGUCCUUCUUUCUCAGAGAUCACUUCAACAAAAAAAUGUAUGAGGAGUUUAAACAUCUUGCUGUGGAAGAAGCCAGAGAUGGCUAUAGGUAUGGGCUGGAGUGCCUGUUCAGAUUUUAUAGCUACGGACUGGAAAAGAAAUUCAGACCAGACAUAUUCAAGGAUUUUCAAGAGGAGACUCUGAAAGAUUAUGAAACUGGUCAGCUAUAUGGGUUAGAGAAAUUUUGGGCGUUCCUCAAAUAUGCUCAAACCAAAAAUGUGUCUGUAAACCCUACAUUACAGAAUCAUCUGAGCAAGUUCAAGAGACUGGAAGACUUCAGAGUUGAUCCACCAAUAGCUGAAGAAUCUGGACGACGCAGACAUCCAUCAAAUUCUGCAAAUGAAGAGACUGGCCGUCGCAGGCACCGCUCAGGGUCUUCAAAGACGGGUGCUACAACCAAACAAUCAUCUGCUAUGCAUUCUCAGGGUACCCACAAGUAGACAGUCGAUUGCUGGGUUAAGACCUGAGAAAAUGCAUUUAGAAAAAUUGACUCCGGGGUCUACACCCAAGCUAACUGAUAAUCCAGUGCUAUUUUUGCUUGAAGUGCUUGUGAUCUUUGUGGAAGCUUGAGCAGCAUGGCCAGGGCAAGCAAUGAAGUUCUUAGUGUGUCAUGUAGAUUGGUCUGCAAGGUAAGAAUGUGUUUUUAUACAUGAGGAGGCACAAAUGGUUUCCAGAUUUUGCACUGUUUGCGCGUAUACAAAUAACAGGAUGCCUUCUAUUUCUAACAACUACUUAGACCACCUAUGAUAAUGAUCCAUCUCUGUAUAGAUUAUACACAUUAUAAUUUUACCUUCAUGGCCCACAACUUUUCCUCUAUAUCCUCAAAGUGCAGUUACAUUUGGAAAUCCAGAUGUUUUGAUAAUGAGAAUUACAUUUCCAUAAACAAUCACAGCAGUGCAUUGGAAAGGUAACAUGGUUUUCAUCAUAGAUUCUUUAAAUUAUGUGAAAUCUAAAUGGCGUAAUUUCUAUUAUUUCACAUGCAGACUUGACUUGUGGUUAUUUUAGCUUGAGGUGUUAUUUCUUUUCUUUUUUUUUUUUUUUAAACAAAAUAACAUUUCUAUAAUUUUAAGUUUUAAUUUUUUUCUUUUUUUUUUUGUAUUAAAGUGAAUAUGUGCCCUAGAAAAGAGGGCUUUGUUUUUGUUUAAACAUGUAGGUGCAAACUCCUGUGCUGAUUUUAGUUUCUCUUAUUUUUAGACCCUAUAGAAUAGAGCGUUUUACCUCCCCGCGUAAAAAUAGGAGUUAAAUGAUAACAAUUUGGCUACUGGCAACGUAGGAGUGUAUUUUAUACUGUUUAUACAUUAAAGGGGUUAGCCAAUUUAGACGUCAUUGUCUAACAAUGCUAUAUACGGCCUCGUUUGCUCAACGCAAGUGUACAUGACUUGGUACUGUCCCCCACCUGUGAUGGAGAAGGCUCUGACUGCCCAGUAUUGGCUGUGUAAACAUACAGGCUGGGCAUCCUCUGCCUCUAUAGGAUGCAAGAUGGCGGUGGGCAUGUUCAUGUGACUGCUUAUUACAGCUGUUCCUGGUCGCUAGUACUUUGGAGCUGAACGGCAUGUGGACACAUCAGGUGCAUAUACAGCUCUCACGCAACAGAAUCUCUUGUAUCUGCGCAUGUGCCGGACUAAUAUACUUGCUGUUAACCACCUGUGCUGAAGUACUGGAAUUCCAGAACAGCCCGAGGAAACGGUCACGUGGCCGGUGCAAUCUUGCAUCCUAUAGACGUGGAGGAUGCCCGGCCUUUACGUUUACACUACUGAUACCAGGGCAGCCGGGGGACCUAUACUAUCACAUAUGCAGUAUGGUACAAAGUCAUACAUUGAGCAAACUGUUUAAAGGUGCCGCAUAUCACCCAAUGAACAAGCAAAACAGUCUUUCAUCAGGCAAAUUCAUCCUCCAUGUCGACACUUCAAUCUCUAUU